AUGGAGGAGCGGCACUCAACUUUCAGUGUUGAGUCCACCGGCGACGAACCACCUCUUCACCAAAGACCCUCUUCGGCCAACUACGAGCCGGUUUUCCAGCCACGACCAUUUCCUUCUCGUAAAAGCUCAAUUCAAGAUAGAUCAAGAACUGCUUCCAUUGAAUCCGAGACUUAUGUUAUACAAAUACCUAAAGAACAAAUAUUUAGCGUUCCUCCGCCCGAAAAUGCCAUCAUCGCGGAACGUUAUCGGAACCCAGAAACGAAAGACAACCAUCGUAGCAAGCGGUUGCUGUGUGCUAUCAUAGCUUUGAUUGUGUUCGCUGGCAUAAUUGGGAUAGGUAUAGGAGCUUUUCGCAUUCUUUUUAAUCCCGAAGUUCCGUCUUUCUCCAUUGUUAAUGUUCAUGCCAAGAACAAAGAAGCAAACUCCCCCCAUCAUAGUAAGAAGAAAUCAAAUAUUCUCUACGAGCUGAAGCUGCAGACAAAUAAUAAAAAUAAAAGAUUGGAAAAUAUUUAUGACCGCAAUGGCCAUUCAACAUUAUUAUAUAAAGGUGUCAAGAUUGGAACAGGUAAAUUUCCAGAAUUUUAUCAAGCUGCUGAUAGUUCAAAGAAAAUUUCAUUGGAUCUAACUAGCUCAAAUAGUCCAUUGCCUCAUGACAUUGAGAAAAGUAUUGGAGAUAAAUCCGGAAAACGACAUGUCGCUUUGUCUCUAAAAAUGAAUGUUCCAGUGAAAAUGAAGUUGUGGAGCAAGGUAGUUGACGUUGUUUGUAAUUUCAAGGUGAAAUCUUUGGGUUCUACAGUUCUUAUAAUUCGUAAGCUGUGGCUUCAAAUAUGUGGACAAAUUUAUAUAUUCUAUUCCUAUUUUUGCUCUCCUGAUAAUACAAAAUUCUUCUCUGGACGAAUUCAUAGUGGAAUAAGUGAACUCGCAAUUUCGAAGAAUUUUUCUUGUAUUAUAUAUAUGUUAAAAUUGUGUAUUAACCAAUGGGGGUUGUUUCAAGUGUUUCAGCUGAUGUGGCUCAUUGUUAAUGGUAGCUUAUUAGUUAGUGUGGAUAGCUGA